AUGUCGUUUAAACAGUCAAAACUGGGGGCGUAUUUCAGUAAACGCACACCCGAGGAAGAUCCACAGGAGCCCCAUGAUCCAUCUAGUUCAACUGAUGUUCCGUCACAAGAACCAACUUCCGAUAUAGAUAUGCAGGAGCCCUCGAGAUCUAGCUCAGAGAAUGUUCCAUCAACCACGAAAAGUCCGUCACCAUCAGAUAAUCCACAAAUGAAUUUCACUCAUCAUGAGGAUCCAAUAAAAUUCAUCGAUAGAAAUCUCACAGAAUACGAACGGCAACAAUUAUUGGAACAUAAAUGGGUACCAGACAGUAAAUUUAGAUAUCCAGUCAACGAACAAGGCAGGCGGUACAACAAUAGCUGGGAAGAAAAAAGACCAUGGUUACGGUAUUCACUUUCAAACGAAAGUGCAUUUUGUGCCUACUGUAUUGCAUUUCCAGUAACAGUAUCAGAAACAAAUCCUGAAUUUGUAAAGAUUGGAUUCAGGGAUUGGAAAAACGCCAUGGGAGAUAAACGAGGCGCAUUAGACAAACAUUCAAAAUCAGAAAGACAUAAAUUAUCCCAAGAAAAAUGUGAGAUGUUUUUGAUGACAAUUAAAGGUGAGAAGGAACAAGUUACAGAAAGUAUUAGUAAAGCACACCAGGAAAAGAUCAAGAGAAACAGAGCAUGCUUGAUAUCCAUAAUAGACGUUAUAAUAAGACUUGGACAUAGAAACAUUGCUUUUCGGGGCAACUGGAUAAAGGAGGACGGUAAAGAAGACGGCAAUUUUCAAUAUUUUAUUGACUGGAAAGCCAAGUUCGAUGAUGUUCUGAGUUUGCAUUUAUCGACAGCACAAUACAAAUAUUUGUCGCCAAAAGUUCAAAAUGAAUUUAUUAAUUUAUGUGAACUGGAAAUUCGUGAAGCAAUAAGAGAUCGUUGUACAGAGUCCGAAUUUUUCAGUGUUAUGGCUGACGAGACAACAGAUGUUUCAGAGAAAGCACAGCUGUCUAUUUGCGUAAGAUAUGUUAAUAUGGAGGAGGACGGUUACAAAGUCAACGAAGAUUUCCUUGGAUUUUUAGAAGUUGACCAAACUGACGCACAGACUAUUAGUGACGUAAUUUUGCAUAAUCUUGGACAGAAUUGGAGUUUCGACCUGACAAAGCUGAGAGGACAAGGCUAUGACGGUUGUGCUACAAUGUCCGGUGCAAUAUCAGGAGUCCAGAAAAGAAUUCAGGAAGCACACCCGGAAGCAAAGUAUUUUGUUCACUGUAAUUCACAUCGUCUUAAUCUGGUAAUAGUCAAUACAUGUAAUAAAGUGGUGGAAGCAAGAAAUGCGCUUACAAUACUUGGUAAAAUAACAUGGUUUAUUUGUGGUGUCAGUAAAAGGAAGGCCAUCUUGAUGAAAGAGGUACAAGAAGCAAACAAAGACCUAGACUUCGACCUACUGUAUGAAAAUGAAGACGCCCUUUUUGAAGCUGCAAUGAGACAAACCAUGAUGCCUAAACUGUCUGAAACGAGGUGGACGUCAAGGGUCGACACUCUUUCUUGGCUUUUGGCUCAUUAUAAGUCCCUUCUGAAUGUUCUUGAAACUGUACAGUCAAAAUCUAAAGGUCAGGCAGCAGCCGAUGCUUCAUCAUAUCAUGCUGUAUUACUGAAAUUUGAUUUUAUCGUUGUUGUAGUUAUGCUACAGUACACGCUUGGCUACAUUAGACCAUUGUCAAUACUUCUCCAGUCUGAGAGUUGUGACCUGGUGAAGGCUCAUCAAGAGGCGCGUGAUCUUUUGUUGAUUUUUCAAGGAAUAAGGUCUGAUUCAGAUAGAAAGUUUCAUGAUCUGUAUGAGAGAAGCGAAUCGAUCGGUGAUGAAAAUAAUGUUGUGCCAACAAAGCCACGAAUCGCACAACGGCAAAGACACAGAGCAAAUGCACCAGUUGAGAGUAUAGAAGAUCAUUAUCGUGUUAACUACUUUCUUCCUUUUAUUGACCACAUCAUUUCACAUUUGAAUUCCCGAUUUCCAGAAGAACUGAAAGCCAUUUUCUAUGGCAAUUACCUAGUUCCAGCCCUUUUGAAUAAGAUCAAUCCGGAAAUAGUAAAUGCAAUGAAAACAGAGUACAUGAAUGACUUACCACAUCCAAAUGAUCUACAACAAGAAAUUGACAGAUGGGCAGCAACAUGUGUCCGCGCAAACUUGCAGUCUGUAAAGACACUUACAGACUCGAUUAAGUAUGCCGAUGUGGAAUUGUAUCCAAAUAUUCAUGUAAUAUUAAAACUACUUCUGACAUUACCGGUCGGUUCUUGUGCGUGCGAGAGAUCGUUCUCAGCUUUGCGGCGUUUAAAAACAUGGUGCAGGGCAACGAUGACUGAGAAUCGACUGUGUGGUUUAGCCAUGUUGCAUGUUCACCGUAAUGACAAUGCAGGGAAAGUGAGUCCAGAAGCUGUGUUAAAAAGAUGGGAUCUCAGUGGAACUAGAAAGAUCGAACUUGCAUUCACAGACACUGACUAA